AUGGCUCCUCUGUGGUUAUCGACUACACGAAUCUCAAUCCAUGUCGGAAAGAGUGUGUUUUAUCGUACAUCGACCCCACGGGUAUGUGGUUGGUCAAAGAUUACGGUAGUUGGCGUCAGAGCCUACUCAGAAACGUCAAAGUCGGAUGAAUCCAGUUCGAAACCCAAGCCAGAUGUCCCUGCUAAGAACAAUUGGUCUUCGACACCGGUUAAAAAAUCCGAAUAUGUUCCACAAGCCGAAUAUAACCGUGUGUCCUAUGAGUAUCCUGAGCCACCAAAGGAAGCAAAAUUUAUCCCGGUGGAAUCAAAACCGUUUCAGAGACACAUCCCAUUACUAGCUGGAUUGGCAGGUGUAUUAUGGGCCAUAUAUGCAUACCGACAUUUCAUGUCGGAAAAGAAAUCGGGUGAUCAAAAUGUGCUAUCUCCUGAUCAUUUUGUUACCUAUAAACUGACAUACAAGGAAGACAUUUCUCCGGAUGUAGCCUUGCUGGAGCUUUCCCCAAAGUAUGAUACCCACCGUGAGUUGAUUAAGAAAAAAGGUGGACUAUGGAAUGGAAAGAAGAUUUGGAGUGUCGAGGUUAAGCAGCCUGAAAUCCAGGUUGUGCGCAAAUAUACUCCUUUACCAAUGUACUAUAUGCAGUACAAGGAGGGAGAUGAAACAAAAGGACUCUUACGACUUCUUGGCAAAGAUGAUGACGAGGGUCGGUUUGUGAUGUUGGUUAAGAAAUAUUCUGAUGGUGAAGUUUCACGAUAUCUCCACAAAUUGCCUCUUGGUAGUGAUGUUGAGAUUCGAGGUCCUCAUAUUGGUUAUAAAUUCCCAUAUUCUCCCAUUGAUGCCACAGAACCUCGGAAUCCUAUGCUAGAUUUGCCAAGCAGAAUGGCUCCAGAAUAUGAUCAUCCAGAAGGAGUUCCAUUACCAGAGAAUGUGGCAUUUUUUGCUGGCGGCACAGGAAUUUCGGCUAUUUUACAGUCUCUGUUCUCGGUCAACCCACCAAGAGGUUUCACCACUGUAUACUAUUCUGUUCGGUCGCGCGAUGAAAUUCCUUUUCAAAGAUUUUUAUUAUUCCUGGAAAAAGUCGGCAGGGCCAAAUUUAAUAUUUUUGUGGACAACGAAAACAAGUUUGUGAGUCUGAAGGACGUCCCAGAACCUGCAGAGCUAAACUACAGCAGUGCCCAGGCUAAUGCAGAAGUCCACGACCAGAUAGAACAAGAAGUAAAGAUUCAAAAGAUGAUGGAAGCAAUGAGAAAGGAAAAGGAACUUGGAAUAGAAGCAAAGCCUUCUCUUGUAGAAAUAUCGAAUCAAGUAUCGGAGCAGAAAUUGGCUAAUGUCAGUGGUGAAAAAGAUACCGUUGCAUCAAAUAAAGCAUCGCCAACAAAAGAUGUUAGUCCACAAAACCCGAAACUUAGGUACAAUUCAAUUCUGGAGCAAGUGGCAGAUAACCCACCUGUACCAGAGAAACCCUCACUAGCGGUAGUCUGUGGGCCGGAAGGGUAUGUAAAUUUUAUAGCUGGCUCUAUGGGUCCUAAUGGGGACGCACCUAUUGGCGGGUUAUUGGGUAGAAGAGGAUGGAAUUCACAAAAUACUUUCAGAAUGGAGCCUUAA